AACUCGUUCAUGUUAUGUAGUACUCACUUCAGACAACGGGGACUGCAAAUAUUGUGGAGUAUGUGUACUCGUGGUGAUCAGAUCGAAGGCGAUCUCGUGCUUGGAUGUUGCACGGAUUUAAAUUUUUACCAGGAGAAAGCCCGUGUUUAAACUAUACAUAGUUAACUUCAUGCUCAGCCUUGGACAAGGCCCUCCGAAUUUCGAGUAAGCUGAUAUAACUUCAAAGCCAGGCUACUCGCUCAGGUAGGUGUUCAGAACUGAUGCAUUCGUCGUACUACUGCAACCGAAAAAAAGAAGGCAAUAACAGCAAGACAUGUCUGCUACCGUAAAGUUGGACUUCAUCAAGGUCACCAAGCCAAGGCCACUUGUUGCACAUGUACAACUUGCACGAGGACCCGUUAACGCAUUCCAUGCUGAGUUCUGGAAAGAGUAUGUCGCCGUUUUUGACAACGUGCGCGAAUGGUAUGGAGAUGUCCGGGCUGUUGUUCUGUCUUCCUCUCUUCCCAAGGUAUUUUGUGCGGGUAUCGACUUCGAAGACUUGCUCGACCUCAAGAACUCCCCCUCGACUGAUCCCGCCCGCACUGCCGUGGCUCUGAGAAGACACGUUCUCGCUUUCCAAGCCGCCAUCUCUUCUCCGGAGCGAUGCCCCGUCCCCGUGAUCGCAGCAAUCCACGGUGUAGCGUACGGUCUCGCAGUCGAUCUCAUCGCUGGGUGUGAUAUCAGGUAUGCUGCAUCUAAUACAAUGUUCUCAAUCAAGGAAGUCGAUGUUGGUCUCGCGCCUGACAUCGGCACACUCGCACGUCUCCGUCAUAUCUCUUCCAAUGCAUCUCUUGGCGCAGAGCUUGCGUACACUGCACGUACCUUCUCUGCUGAGGAAGCAUUCAGGCUUGGAAUUGUGUCGCGUGUGGUGGAAGGUGGAAUGGACGAGGUUGUCAGAGAAUCACUCGACCUCGCAGAAGAGGUAGCACGGAAGAGCCCUAUCGCCGUUACGGGGGCAAAGCACUUGCUGAUGCAUGCGAGGGAUCACAGCGUCGGGGAAAACCUUGAAUAUACGGCUACAUGGAACGCUGCUAUGCUCCAGACGGAGGAUAUCCUCAAAGCCGUUCGAGUAGCCAGGUCGAAAGGUCGUGGGGAGGUUAACUUCGAGCCCCUACCGAUGGAUAUCGUACCUUCUGCGUCGAGGUCAGACGCGAAACCAAAACCGAAGCUUUGAAUGUGGUAUUAUGGAAGAUAUUAGAAGCAUUAUUAUCGCCCGUGCCUUCCUUUCUGCCGGUUUUCAGGUAGCGCAAGCAAGGCCAUUUGAGGAUGCUACAAUGUAUCAGUACGUUUGUUGCAAGUCACAGGCCGACACGGGACUUAGGUUCAUGAGAAGAGUGAAUGCCGCACAACAAGUCACCUCGUGUAGGCAUGCAUACUGUAGAUCAUAUACAUCUUUCAUACAAAAGGUG